AUGGCUUCAUCAUCUGGAACUAAAAAGGUGAAAGGGCCUGAAAAGGUUUAUGUAAGGGACGAGGACUCUGAUGAUGAUCUCAUAGAUUUCUCUUUCCUGGAUUUUGCACCAGAGACCUUUAAACCAACCUCAAACCUGUCUGAUGACCCAUUUCUUAACAUAUUAUGUGAUGAAAAUAUGCUAAGGAGGAUUCUUGAUGGAUUGGGAGAUGAUGAUCAGGAAGUUGGUGUUAAGGAUCUAGAACAUGAUCAUGUUGAUGAUCAAAAUAACGGUGAAGUAGGUGUAGAGUACAGGGUUCAUGAUCCAGACAUACAUUGGAAACAAAUGAAGCCUGUAGUGGGAGAGUGUUACGAGUCCCCUUCUCAACUCAGGUUUGCAUUAACUAACUAUGCAGUAGCUAAUGGAUAUCAGUUAUGGUUUAUGAAGAGUGAUAGGCAUAGAGUGAUUGCUAGGCAUGGGAAAAUAUAUAAAAAAGACCCAUAUCCCUUUAGAGUUUAUGCUGCUUGGAAGUAUAAUGAACGAAAAUUUCAGAUUAAAUCUAUAUGUGACAUACAUCUAUGUGCUAGAAAUUUUAAUUUUAGAACUUUGGUUAGUUGUAAUUGGUUAGCCAAACAUUACCUGAAGGAUAUUAUUAUGAAGCUAAAGAUGACAUUAACUGAGAUGAAGGAAGAUGUACUUAGGAUGUUUUCAGUAAAUGUAUCUAAGGGGCAAUGUCACAGGGCUAGGACAAAGGCAAGAGAGAUGAUAGAAGGUAAGUUAGAAGAACAUUAUGCAAAGGUAUGGGACUAUGCUGCAGAAUUCCUCAGGUCUAACCCAUGGAGCACUUGUAAGGUGGGAGUAGAUUCUAAUGCAAGUGGCAUGAACUAUUUCAAAAGGUUUUAUGUGUGCUUAAAGGCUUUUAAGGAUGCUUGGAAUAGGGGUUGCAGACGUGUGAUAGGUUUGGAUGGUUGUUUCCUAAAGGGUCAGAUCAAGGGAGAACUUUUGACUGCUGUUGGAAGAGAUGCAGACAAUCAUGUAUAUCCAAUAGCAUGGGGAGUGAUUGGUGUAGAGAACAAAGAUAAUUGGACUUGGUUUAUUGAGCUGUUAGUUGCUAAUCUUGACCUUGAUUGUCGUAGGGGUCUUGUGGUUAUUUCCGAUAAGCACAAGGGUCUACUACAAGCUGUUACAGAACUACUUCCAUAUGUUGAACAUAGACAAUGUGCCAGGCACAUCUAUGCAAACUUCAGGAAGAAAUACAUUGGGUUAGAGCUCAAGAACCUGUUUUGGGAAGCUGCCAAAAGUUCUGGAUAG